AUGGCUGACCCAGGACCACGCUUGGUAGCUGCCGCAUACCCAUCCCCUCCGAAUCAGCAUCGCCAUCGUCACUACUCCCCGUCGCAGUCGCACUCAUCCCAGGACUCUCCCAGCAGCCGUCGCAAGCCCUCCAACGCCUCGCUAUCUGACCAGCCUUACUAUAAUAUGGCGACGACUUCCCUGUCCCCGCCGAACAUCAAGAACGAGUUCGGCGGGGUCGGCACCGGCAUUGCAUACGGCGGGCCGGCACAUUCCAACCCUCAACCACCCAGUGAAAAGAACGGCACCCUCGGCUUCGGCUUCCUCAAGUCUCUCACUUCUUCAGAAAAGAAAUUGACCAGGGACGGACAACCAGCGAAACGUCGUGGCCCAAAACCCGACAGCAAACCCGCCCUGACGAGGAGGCAAGAGUUGAACAGGCAGGCACAGAGAACCCAUCGAGAGCGGAAAGAAUUAUAUAUAAAGGCCCUUGAGGAUGAAGUCCUCCGCCUGAAAGAGGUCUACUCCAAUGUCAGCCAAGACAAGGAGCGCCUGGCCGAGGAGAAUCGUACACUCAAGGCUGUGAUGCAGCAAAACGGGCUACCAGUUUCGGGCACGAUAGGCAUGAUGGACGACAAUAUCAGCAGUCCAUCUGUGGGCCCCUACAUUGGCAGCAAUAGUUCAGCCUCCAUGACUGGGUCUGGCAGCUACGGUCUCGCCUCGGCAUCUACACAAAAUUCGGCAUACACGCCACCGCCAGGCUCCGCGUUGAGCACGACGACCGCCAUGCAAGGACUGUCGCCGCUGGGUGGGCUCAGCCCGAGCCAGCAAGCUGUGGGCCUUCAUCGACAAUCACCAUCCGCGCAUUUGACUGGACCCCGGCGGAACCCGGGCAUAGAUUAUGAUCAGGCUGGCGUUGACUUCGUUUUAUCUCUUGAGAGGCCCUGCAUGGAUCACAUGCCCUGGCUAUUGGAUCGCUCGAGCGCCAAUGGUGGCACGGAGCCUUGCGGCCAUGCGCUGAUGGCAUCAUGUCCGCCCGAGCCAUUUUCAGACCUGACGCCGGACAUACCGUUUGGCCACAAGCACAGCAACAAUACACCCGGCACUAAUGGUCACUCUCGUCAAACGAGUAACCAGAGAAACCCAUCCAUCAGCCGCAACUUCAGCAGGAAUCACGCCGCCCCUAGCUCCCAGGUUGCUGAAAGGACAGGGAUGGUGGCGCCAAAUUCGGCCGCCAUGGAGGUUGACGGUCCAACUGGGGGUCCGCCGCGGACGUGGGAGCUCAGCAAGUCGGACCUGGCGACGCUUUUGGACCUGAGCCAGAAGCUCAAUCUUGACGGCGAGAUUACGCCUGUCAUGGCAUGGGGCAUGGUGCUGGCGCACCCGCGGCUCGGGGAAAUGAACGAGAAGGAUUUUGUGAAGCUGACCGAGGAGCUAGGAAGUAAGAUCCGAUGUUAUGGGUUUGGCGCCGUUACCGAGGAAUUUGAGGUCCGUGAUGCGCUGGAGGCCAUCUUCUCAACAAAGCCGGAGCAGCCCAUGGGGCUGACCGGCGUUGCGCCCGGGGGAUAUAAUUUGUGA